AUGGGCUUCUCUUCUACCUCCUUUGACUCGUCAUCCUCUUCGGGGCCAACCCCUUCUUCAGGAACCUGUGAGCAUACCAAUUAUGCUCAAGCUGCUUCUGAUCCCUAUUGGCAACUUGCUAUGAAAGCCGAGUUGGAUGCAUUGCAACUCAAUCGUACUUGGACACUUGUUCCUUUACCGCAUGGUCACAAACUCAUUGGCUGCAAAUGGGUUUAUAAAAUUAAAUACAAUUUAGAUAGCUCCAUCAAGCACUACAAGGCUCGCCUCGUCGCCAAAGGCUAUACCCAAAUUGAGGGUGUUGAUUGCAGUGAGACUUUCUCCCCUACUGCCAAGAUUACUACUCUCUGCUACCUUUUAUCUGUUGCUACUACUCGAGGAGGUCUAUAUGGUCCCUCCUCCCGGUCUUUGCCGACAGGGGGGAGAAUCUGGUGUGUCGGUUGA